GUUACGUAUUACCUUACCCUGAAGAAAACGCAUAUUAUAAUAACGGUACACAGUAACACCUGGUAGUUGGAAAGCGACAGCCAUGGCCAUUAAUGUCGCCAUUGUCGGGGCGGGUGGUGUUGGCAAGACCCUUGGCAAAAUGAUUUCUCGAAAGCACCCCGUCACGUUCGGCGUCAGGGAUAUCUCAAAGUAUGCCGACCUUACUAAGGCGCCCAACACCAAGGUGCUGAGCGUUGCAGACGCCAUUAAAGCAAGCGACGUCGUUAUCCUUGCAGUACCAGGCUCGAACGAUGACGCCGGAAUAAAGCAGAUGGCUGCAAGCAUGGGGCCCGAGAUCCUAGGCAAGGUGGUCGUUGACGCCACCAACCCCCUCACGCCGUACCCCGGGCUGGAGGUGCGCUGGAGCGGGCGCUCAGGCGGCGAGGUCCUGGCCGAAGCCCUUCCCAAUACUCCCGUCUACAAGGCCUUUAACACGAUCGGCGUCAACCACAUGGACCACGCGGACGGCUCGCUGCUCACGGGGCAGCAGCUCACUAUGAUGUUCGCGGGCGGGCCGCAGGGGCGGGAGCUGGUCGAGGAGGUGAUUGCGGCGGUGGGAUUCAAGCCGGAGUACCUGGGGCCCAUUCGCUAUGCCAGGAAUCUGGAGGCCCUAGCCGAGCUGUGGAUCCACCUGGCGCUACGGGGGGUGGGGUCUGCGGAGACCUGGGGAGGCAACUUCCAUUUCCAGGUGCUGCGCAAGUGAGAUUAAUGGGUUGCCGAUGCUUGGUAGAUAGUGAAGGAUGCUGGGGACGCAUGCCAGGGGUAUGGCAUGCUACUGGCUGCAGCUGGUAGAGAAACAUGAUGCUGCUGCAUAUCGUGGAGAGGCCAGGGGUAGGUACUGGCUGCUAGAGUAAUGCUGCUUAUCUUAAAGAGGCAUGCUAGGAAGCAAGAUGAGUUGAUGCCGAAUGAUGUGUAGGGUAUUGCGCGGUUGGCGUUGUUUUUGUCUGUUGCAUUGACAAGCGGCGGUUGCGAACUAACAGGACGAAUGCUGUUGGCAUCUGCACAUGGUGUAUGAUUGCCUCCAACCUACCUACACCAGUAGUAGUAGUAGUAUGAGGGCUCCGCAGCCACAUGGGGUGGACACGCAAUUGUACUCGGGCUGGAACGUUAUUAGUAGUAAUGGUCCUACAUAACUGUAUCAGUCAAAAGUGCCAAUUCAUUGUCAUCCUUCCACGCCUCGACAUGUAAAGGAAUGGG